AUGUGUGAGCAGGCAGCGCGCUACUGUAGGGACGGAGUCCACAAACUGCUGAACAAAGAACAAGCCCAACUUCGAGCCCAGGAAAGCCGCGAGCAGCCGAUCCCCGUAGCCGGUCAGGACAGCGAGUCCGCGACGGCAGCGCAGUCCGGAAACAGCGGCGCCCAGCCCGGUGGAAUCGACGGGCUCGUCCGCUGGAUCGUCACCAAAAUGAGCGACAACAAGAACAUCUCCAGCCGGGAGUACGCCUCCAGCAAGGAGGACGUGGCCGUGGCUCAGGAGCAGUUCUUCACCCCGGAGCCGCGCAGAGGCAUCUCCGUGAUUUUGGAUAUAUUCAGAAGAGCCGACAAAGACGAUGAUGGUAAGCUGUCUCUGGAUGAGUUCCAGGCUUUCUUCUCUGACGGCACGCUGAACGAGGAGGAGCUGGAGAAGCUGUUUCACACCAUCGACUCUGACAACACCAGUAAUGUUGACACUAAGGAACUCUGUGACUACUUUGCCAAGCACAUGGGCGACUAUGAGGGCGUCCUGGCCUCGCUGGAGACCCUCAACCUGUCCAUCCUCAAAGCCAUGGACUUCACCAAGAAGGUUUACGAGGGUGGAACCAACGUGGAGCAGUUUGUGACCCGGUUCCUCCUGAAGGAGUCGGCCAAUCAGAUCCAGUCUCUUCUGAGCUCCGUGGAGAGUGCCGUGGACGCUAUUGACGAGCAGCACAGCCAAUCAGGUCACCUCCCUGCCAAGGGGAGUCCACGGAGGUCAGAGAGGCGCAACGAGAACGCCGUCCCUGACUAUCCCCCCAACAACAGAGUCAGCGCCAGAACCAUCAACACGGCCUCAGGUGCAGUGGAGGUGAGGAAAGAAGGCCUGGACUCUCAGAUCAACCGCCUGGCCGAACUGAUUGGACGCCUGGAGAAUAAGACCGUCUGGUUUGAUCUGCACCAGAGGCUAACAGACACAGAUGGCACCACCAGCGCAUCCUUGCUGCUGAUUCGUCAGGAGAUGGUGGUCUCCCAGAAGAAGCUUGGCGACUUCUGCGAGGCUCUGAAGCAAUACCUGAAGAACGUGUCCACUCAGAGGGACUGCUUUCAUGUGACAGCCGUGCGCCUGCCGGACGGUCUCUCCUUUGUCGUCUACGAGUUCUGGGAUGGAGAAGAGGAGUGGAAGAGGCACCUCCAGUCGGCCCCCAACAAAGCCUUUCAGCACGUGAAGGUGGACACGCUGUGCCAGCCGGAGGCCAUGUCCUCCGUCGCCGUGCCAGCCGCCUGGUGCAGUGUGAACCGGGACUGAGCAUGAAGAGAUUCAACGACACGCCACGACUCCUGAACACUCCCCUCAUCCUCUCGAACUACACCCCUCCAUCCCUAAGAAAACCCUUCCCCCCUCUCCCCUGCGUGUCCCCCCCCCCCUCCCUCUCCUCUUCAACCCUCACAUUCCUCAACU